AUGGAGUUUGAAUUAGCUGGAACCACUCAUAAAGCUGUUUAAGGUUGGCGAUUUGAUACUAAUGGACAGGAACCUCUUAAGCAGUAAUUAAUCGAGCCAUCGGAACCCUAAAUCCAAACAUAAGGGUUUUUCGAAAAAAUUAAGAAUUAGUUUAAUGAUUUACUCAAACCACCUGACAAAGAAGUGGAAUAAAGAAUCAUUUACUUAGAUGGUAAGGUGUACCCUCAAAAUAAUAUGCCAAAUAUAGUAAAAAACUAAAAGUACAACAUUUUGUCAUUUGUUCCUAUGGUGCUCUAUCAACAGUUUAAAUACUUUUUCAAUCUAAUAUUCUUGUUGAUCACACUAUCUUAAUUCGUACCUUUGCUGAAAGUAGGGUUUUUAUUUAGUUAUGUUGCUCCAUUAGCAUUCGUAUUGAUCUUAACAUUACUCAAAGAAGCCUACGAUGAUUUUCAAAGGUAUAAAAGAGAUAAAGAGGCCAAUUCUCAAGAAUACACCUAAAUUGGGAAGGAUAAAACAGUAUAACUUUAAAGUUGGCAGUUGAAAGUAGGAGACAUUAUUGAGGUCCAUGCAAAUUAAAGAAUACCUGCCGAUUUAAUAUUGCUACACACAAACGAUGUAACAGGAACAGUUUUCAUUAGAACAGAUUAAUUGGAUGGAGAAACUGA